GCACAGGUGGAGUUUCACGGAGAAACGCAGGCGCAUGCACGAACUCCAGAGUUGACGUCUCACUGUCCCGGAGUCUCCUGUCUCUCUCUGUCUCUCUCUCUGUCUCACUCGGUGUCUCCCUGUGUCUCUCUCUGUCUCUCUUUCUGUCUCACUGUAAUCCUCGAUGAUGGCGGCACGCGGCUCCUCUUCCAGGCCCUACCAGCUCAUCGUGUUCGGGGCUUCGGGCUUCACGGGCCGCUACGUGGUGGAGGAAGUGGCUCGGAGCAGCGCGGAGGUUUCGGGUGGAGAUCUGAAGUGGGCCAUCGCGGGUAGGAGCAGAGACAAGCUGGAGAAAGUUCUGGAGGAGACCGCUCAGCAACUCGGUAAAGCGGAGCUGCAGUCCGAGGUGGAAAUCAUUGUAGCUGAUGUGUCGGAGACAGACUCGUUAGUUGCUAUGUGUAAACUGGGACACAUCAUCCUCAACUGUGUCGGGCCGUAUAGGUUCUAUGGUGAGCCGGUGGUAAAGGCAUGUGUGGAGAACGGAGCUCACUGUGUGGAUAUCAGUGGAGAACCUCAGUAUUUAGAGAGCAUGCAGUUGGAUUAUGAUGGAGCAGCAGCAGAGGGAGGUGUGUACAUCAUUGGAAGCUGCGGGUUUGACUCCAUUCCUGCUGAUAUGGGAGUCAUUUACACACGCGAUCACUUUAAAGGCACACUGACUGCUGUGGAGAGUUUCCUGACAGCGAGUUCAGGACCUGAGGGAGGGUGUAUCCAUGAUGGAACGUGGCAGUCGGCUGUGUACGGUUUGGCAGACAGAAACAAACUGAACAGUCUGAGAAAGAAAUUCAAUCACAAACCACUGGCUGUAGUCGGGACCAAGAUCAAACGAAGAGGUGUUCUGUUCUACAGUAAUGAGUUACAGCAGUACGCCAUUCCCUUCAUGGGCACUGAUCCCUCUGUGGUGAAGAGAACUCAGCGCUACCUGUCUGAGGAAUAUCAAGAAACUCCGGUUCAGUACGGAGCGUAUGCUGGUAUCGGGGGAAUCUCCUCCGUCAUUAAGAUCCUCUUUGCCGGCUUGAUUUUCUCUUUACUCGUGAAGUUCAGCUUCGGCAGGAGCCUCCUGAUUAAAUUCCCAGAGUUUUUCUCUUUCGGAUAUUUCUCCAAAGCAGGGCCGACUCGGAAACAGAUGGAAGGAUCAUCAUUCCGUUUUGCGUUCUUUGGUGAAGGUUACACUGAAGGUCAGGAUCCAUCUCAAGGGAAACCCAAUGCUAAAAUCCGCACACUUGUCCAGGGACCAGAGGCUGGUUAUGUUGCAACACCGAUUGCCAUGGUGCAGGCUGCUCUCACCAUCCUCAAUGAACCGGAAUCUCUGCCCAAAAAAGGUGGUGUGUACACUCCCGGAGCUGCCUUCGCUAGAACCACCCUGAUUGAGCGUCUGGAGAAACACGGGAUCCAUUUCUCAGUGCUGUAAUGAAGCGAGGUUCCAUGCAGCACAGCUUCAGCACUUCCUGUCCUACGCUACACAACUCACUCUGAUUAUCGCUUAGCACUAAUGCUUUCACACAGCGUGAAGUCAUGAAUUAAUUCUGAUGUGUGUAUAAUGACACACUGAGGGAGUCGAUUACAUUCACACUAAAGAGCUGAUGUUCAACCUCAAUCACAUAAACACUCUGUAACCUUCACCUUCAUCCAUCAACCUUCAUCACGUUAUUUAGCAUGAUUUAGACUGGACCAACUAAGCACCUAGAAUUAAUAGUCGUGUGUGUGUGUGUGUGUGUGUGUGUGUGUGAGUUUUCUUCUGUUCUCUGUGUGUUCCCUCACACACUUCUGUUUAAAAUAAUGGAAAUUUAAAUUUUGGCAUUAAAGUGUGUGUUGUGUUUUUUUUUGCUGUAGAAUGUAAAGAUAUUAAUAAUAAAUAAAACAAAUGAAAUUA